GGCGUUUCAAAUUGAGAAAACAUUUUCCCAAGCUUCGGAGAGGGUGAAGUCGGUAGAAUUCCAUCCAACUCAGCCAUGGAUUCUGCUGAGCAUGCAUUCAGGAGAGGUCCGCAUUCUCAACUUCCAGACUCAAGCAGUGGAGAAGUCAUUCAAGGCCACGGAUUCGCCAGUGAGAUCAGCCAAGUUCAUCCCAAGGAAGCAGUGGAUCGUGACCGCAUCCGACGACGGCAAGAUCCGAGUCUACGAUCAAACCACCACGGAGCUGGUGAAGGAGUUUCUUGCACACGAGGAUUUCAUCAGAAGUCUCUGCCCACACCCGACGCUUCCAGUCCUGCUGUCCGCCGGUGACGACAAGGUGGUGAAGAUGUGGGAUUGGGAGAGAGACUGGGAAUGCACUCGUGUCCUCGAAGGACACUCGCAUUACGUCAUGCAGGUUGCUCUCAACCCACUGGACGGCCAAUCCUUCGCCACUGCAUCGCUCGACAACUCUGUCAAGCUGUGGAACGCUGGCUCGCCUGCUGCGGUCGGGUCACUGGAUGGACAUGCAAAAGGAGUUAACUGUGUGGAUUAUUUGGUAUCAGGAGAUGAUGAUGAUAAGAAGCUGUACAUUCUGAGUGGUUCGGAUGAUUUCUCGGUUAAAGUUUGGGACUGUGACACGAAAUGCUGUGUACAAACUUUGGAAGGCCAUAAGAACAAUGUCACUGCGGUGGCUGCGCAUCCGGAGCUUCCAAUCUUCGUCUCGGUCUCUGAAGAUGGGACUAUCAUCGUCUGGGAUGCUACCACGUUCAAGGUUAUUGAGACACUGAAUUGCGGGUUGGAAAGGGUGUGGGCUAUUGGCUGCAAGGGAGGCUCCAACAAGAUGGUGUUUGGGUGUGACAAAGGUACACUUAUGGCGAAUGUUAAUUAGCAUAAGCGCUUAGACCCUGAGGUGCGACGUCGUCUCGUUUGUAACGAUUAUCCUGAUGUAUUGU